AAAAAAGACAAAAGACACUGUAUAUAUAAUGUAUAGUUAAAAUAUGUUUUUCUGCCAGCUUUUGAACCAUGGCAUCUCCACUGAUGAGUCUGGUGAAUGAUGAUGGUAGAUACCAGAAAUCAUUUCAGCUUUUCCUGGAGCGCUCCUCUGAACACCAAUGUAUGAGGGACUUCAUCCACAACAAACUGCCAGACCUUCUAACCAGCAUUGGAGAUGGAAAGUCCCAUCUUAAUGUAAUUGGAGUGGGAAGCGGCGCUGGAGAGAUUGACUUGGAGAUGCUCUCUGAGCUCCAUAAAAAGCACCCAGAGGUGGUGGUGGAUAAUGAGGUGGUGGAGCCUAGCAGCCAGCAGCUGCAUAACUACAAAGUUGUAGUGUCUCAGAAACCAGAGUUAAACUACAUCAAGUUUACCUGGAACAAGAUGACUGCCUCAGAGUUCGAGGAGCACUGGAAGCAGACAAAGAUGACAAAGAAGGCAGAUUUCAUUCACAUGAUACAGAUGCUGUACUACGUGAAGGAUCCCGGCGCUACCAUCAGCUUCUUCCAGAGUCUCCUCAAUAAGAACGGGAAGCUGAUUAUUAUUCUGGUGUCUGAGAAGAGCGGCUGGGGGAAGCUGUGGCGGAAAUACAGGACUCAGCUCUGCAACACAGAAAUAAGUCAAUGCGUAACCACAGGAGACAUCAAAAGCAUCCUGGACUCCAAGGGAGUGAGCUACCAGAGCUUUGACCUGCCAUCUCAAAUGGAUAUCACUGAGUGUUUUAUUGAAGGAGAUGAGAAGGGAGAGCUGCUGCUUGAUUUUCUCACAGAGGUGCUGGACUUUAGUAAAACUGCCUCCCAGGAGCUGAGAGCUGGUGUGCUGGAGCUUCUGCGGCACCCAGACUGCAGCAUGGAGGCCGAAGGCAGAGUUAUCUUUAACAACAACCUUGGAGUCAUAGUCAUAGAUAAACCGACUUAAAAACUUGCCGAUAUGAUAAGGUUGAAGGUUUAAUGGCAUAGAUGAUAAAAUUAAACAAAGUCCAUAACAGUCAGCUUUAUCUUGUUUUUCACGUUACUACCUGUGCUGUUAAUGAUUAACUUCAAUAAAUAUCUUGGAUAAUUCUGUGCAAAUUGAAAACAUCUUUAAUGGAAUGUUCCUUAUUUUAUGUGGAACUCUAAAAUUCCCAUCAUACAGAUCUGUCUUAGUCAGUUACAAAAAUUAGCUUCAGAUUUUGCCGUCAUGUGAUUUUUAAUGGGCUACACUUGGCAGGCUGUAGCUGAAACCCCCAUGAUGCUUCUGCUGUCAGAGGCAAAACCUCUGCUUCAUUGCAAAUCUAAAAAUAAGUAGAACAUUGCAUAAUUAACUUUUCAUUGAGACUCAUUUUAGAGAAGCUGAAGGUAAUUGUGCAAUAUACAUUACAAUGGUUGCAGGUUGUAUUAAUAUCAGUAAGAGCCUGAACUAUAAAAUAAAAUAAAUAAAACCAAUUUAAAAAAA